CCGGCCAUUAUGGCGCCCGGGAGUUUCAAACGUCAAAUAUGGAUUAAAUUCUUAUGUUACAAAAUCAAUUGUUAAAUGAUUUUCUUCAACCAUGCAAAUAAUGCAGAAAUUAAAAUAAGGAAGUUAAUAAACAAAAGUUUCCUUCUUCAUUAAUGAGAAAUUCAUUAUGAAAUUGAUAACAAUGUAGUUAACCUAUUAUUAACUGUAAAAUUAAUCUUCAACUACCUACUCAAAAUGCAGAUUAAAAUUUAUAUAACGUGAUUUUUUCUUCCUACUAUUCAUUACAAAUGGAAUUGAAAUUAACCGUGGAAAACUUCAUGCUACGUGUAGUUAGAUAUAAACAAUGACAGAGGAUCCACUUGUGAAUACAAACCGGCAUUCUAAAAAUACUCAUCAGAAUAACGAGGAGGGAAUUAAUUACAAACGUACACAAACGAUUACUCACGAUCCACCCGCGCAUAGCUCAACAACUCAACCGGUAUCUGAGAGCGAUGAAAAUCCGAAGAAGACGAAGAAGAAGAAAGAAAAAUUGAAAAAGCAGAAAAAAGGGAAGGAAAAUGUAGCCGCUAAUACUGCUUCGAGUUCGGCUACGAAAAAACAAUUCAAGAAUCCAGCGAAGAAAUUGUUUCAAGCUUGUGCACAAUGCUGCAGGAGAAAAAAAGCUAAGAUAUCGAAGUCGAAGACAAGUUUUGUCGGGUACGUUAAAGAAAAAUCCAAGAAAUGUAGAACGAAGAAAAAGGGAAGUAAACAAGCAGCUGCUGCGACAGUAGAACAUCCGGAGGAAAAAGAUAAGCGAAGAGUAAAGAUCAAGGAUUCGAAAAAGGCUGAAAGGAAAGGCAGCAAUAAGGAAGCGGAAGAAGAAUAUCCUUUGAAUGUUCCUCUAUCUAGUCCACCUCCCCAUCGAGCAGAUCAAAAUGGACAAAUGAAGUUAAAUGAAAUUCUAGGGAUAGACGGUCAAGAUUUGACAAAAAGUUGCUGUUUUCUGUGUGCUAAAAAUGCGAUGGCUAUCGCGGCAGCAAUUUCCGGUCAGGAGGGAAAAUCUCAUGCGUCCAUUCAAACUACCGUUCAUUUUAAAGAAACAUCCACCACGGAUAAAGGUUCUAGCCCGAUGAUGUAUGUUCGAACUGUACAAUCGUCUGUUAAAGUCAAGACACGUGAUAUGGGUACUGGUUAUUCGGAGAAGAAAAAAAAGAAGAAAAUAUCCAGACCGAAAUUAAAUUUCAAGAGGCUUAGUAUCAUUCCAAAAAUAAAGUUUCCCGGAUAUCCGAAAGUGCGAAACGUUGCUUGCGGAACAGAUAAUAAUAAUGUACCACAAUGUAGAGCAAGACGUGGGACUCACUGUUUAAUGGAAAAUAAGUGACAUUUAUUACUAAACGAUCAAAGCAUAAUUGCUUGAGGAAAAGUUAAAUCUUGUGUACUGAUAUUGGAAGAAAAAGGAUACAGGAAGAAACAGCAACUUUUUAAUAUUGCAGAUACAUAUUGUAUCUGUCGAACUUUAAAAACAAUUUUAAAGCCUGUCUUUUGUGAAAUUGGAUUUACGGCUGUACGUCGCGUGAGUGAUAGGUUAAAACUGACUUUAACUGUUGACGAAAGUUCUUAGAAAGUGUCUAAGCUUGUCUUCUAGGAAAGUCAACCCAAAUAACGUUCCUUGGAGCUUUGUCUACUCUAGAUUUAGCGAAGACCUAUCGACUAGAAUAAUACUAUACAUCUUUAAUGGACUCGUGUGUCUAACGAUGAUUUUAAACUAUUUUUAUAAUCUAAUUCUGAUUUCAUUAGAAUUUUAAAAAUAUAGCCAUCUGCAUUCAUUAAUAUUUACAACUGUUUCUAUACAAUCUGCAGCUUUU